GUUAAGAAGGAAGGUUUAAGUUGGUUGUCCAAUGAGUUCAAAGGGCUCAUUAAUAAUUAACUUAAAUAUUAGUUAUCUUAUUUAUUAUGUCUUUCAUGGAGUCCCUGAUUUCUGAUUAUGUUAUUACAUCUUGGCAGAGAAUCUCCGGAGAAUCUGAGAGUUCCUCAGAAUCCUCAAAAUCUGAGGCUGAUGAAUCUGCUGAUAAAUCCAAGCAGCUGCUAAGGAAAGGGGACCGUGUGAAAUAUAUUGGACCUAAUGUGCAGAGUGAAGCUAGCAAAAGGAUCAUUUUGGGGGAGGUAUCAACACCUGAUGGUUCAACUAAUGUUUAUACAAGUAUCCGAGGCAGGUGGGUUGGCCCCUAUGUAGUGGUCAUUGUGGCGAGGUAUAUGAGGUGAACGGAGACAAAGUUGCUGUCAUUUUGGAUGUUAGUGCUGAUAACAGAGGAAAAUAAGAGAGGGAUGAGAAAUGCACCGAGUCUGCAAGCCCUCAUGUUUAUUGGUUGA